AUGCAAACUUUUGGCAACGGCGCCCCAAAUGGCUACUCAUUCCAAUACUCCAACUGUACCGGCAAACGCAAGGCUCUCCUGAUCGGAAUCAAUUACUUUGGCCAGAAGGGCCAGCUCCGGGGUUGCAUCAACGAUGUUAAGAACAUGUCCAACUACCUCAUGGAGGCCUUUGGUUAUAAGCGCGAAGACAUGGUCACCUUGACCGAUGAUCAGCAGAACCCAAUGAGCCAGCCUACCAAACAAAACAUCUUGCGCGCUAUGCACUGGUUGGUCAAGGACGCCCAGCCCAAUGACUCGCUCUUCUUCCACUACUCUGGUCAUGGUGGUCAGACUGAAGAUCUCGAUGGCGAUGAAGAAGACGGCUACGACGAAGUCAUCUACCCUGUCGACUUCCGCCAAGCAGGUCACAUUGUUGACGACGAGAUGCAUUUCAUCAUGGUCAAGAAUCUCGCCGCCGGUGUGCGACUAACUGCCAUCUUCGACUCGUGCCACUCAGGCUCCGCUCUGGAUCUACCAUACAUCUAUUCCACCCAAGGCGUGCUCAAGGAGCCUAACCUUGCCAAAGAAGCUGGCCAGGGCCUGCUGGGCAUCGUCAGCAGCUACGCUCGUGGCGACAUUGGCGGCAUGGCAAGCACUGCUAUGGGCUUGUUCAAGAAGGUCACCAGGGGCAAUGACAGCUAUGAACAAAACAAGCGCACAAAGACUUCUCCGGGAGAUGUUAUCAUGUGGAGUGGCAGUAAAGACGAUCAGACUUCAGCUGAUGCCUCCAUUGCUGGUCAAGCGACUGGUGCAAUGUCUUGGGCCUUCAUUGGCGCUCUGAGGAAGAACCCUCAGCAAAGUUACGUUCAAUUGCUGAACAGCAUUCGUGACGAGCUCCAAGGACAAUACAGCCAGAAACCUCAAUUGAGUGCCAGUCAUCCAAUCGACACAAACCUUCUUUAUGUCAUGUAA